UCCCACCACCCCAGCCGGGGAGAAGCAGCGACUCCUCAACCCCACAUCUCCGGGAGCCAGACUCCAGACUGGCUCGGUAGUCAGGGGCUCGAGAGCAGAUCCCCAGGCAGGUUUUGCUCAGCCUUCAACGAGGGCUGGCCUUUUGGAAGGCGUCUUCAACAGCCAGACCAGGGAGACCACCAUGACUGAGAACUCUACAUCUACUCCUGCGGCCAAGCCUAAGCGGUCCAAGAAGUCCACAGAUCACCCCAAGUAUUCAGACAUGAUCGUGGUUGCCAUCCAGGCUGAGAAGAACUGUGCUGGUUCCUCGUGCCAGUCUAUCCAGAAGUAUAUCAAGAGUCACUACAAGAUGGGUGAGAACGCCGACUCGCAGAUCAAGUUGUCCAUCAAGCGCCUGGUCACCCUUGGUGUCCUCAAGCAGACCAAAGGGGUGGGUGCCUCAGGGUCAUUCCAGCUGACCAAGAGUGAUGAGCCCAAGAAGUCUGUGGCCUUCAAGAAGACCAAGAAGGAAGUGAAGAAGGUGGCCACGCCACAGAAUUCAGCCAAGCCCAAGAAGGCUGCAGCCUCCAAGGCCCCAAGCAAGAAACCCAAAGCCACCCCAGUCAAGAAGGCCAAGAAGAAGCCAGCUGCCACGCCCAAGAAAACCAAAAAACCCAAGACUGUCAAAGCCAACCCAGUCAAAGUAUCCAAGCCCAAGAAGGCCAAAUGA